AUGCAUAAAUUCGGUAUUCUUGCUGCUUUGUUCGUGGGAUUCGCAUCAGCCCUCCCAGCCCCAGCACCAGCGAGCACAGAAGUCGACCCUAAUGCCGUCACCGACACCGUUUGCACAGACCCAGGCGUAACAUUAGAUAGCCACAAUAUCAAUGUCGCGCUUCUCGGGAUCUGUGGUGGCAUCGCCGGCUCGAUCGAACAAUGUCAAGGCGAACCUACCGCUACCAGCGGCGAAUCCGGUGAUGCUCGAUUCGACCUCCAGGCAGAAACGGCUGGAACAACAAUUAUAAUCACCAAAGGCCGUUGGGAGCAUUGUGUUGCAGCUGCUAGGGCGACAUGCGGUGAUAGUCCAUUCAACAGUACUUGCAUCGGAGGGGCGAAUGACAACAAAAAUAAUGUCUUGUUCCAGCUGAGCCAGAACAAUUAG